AUGAGUUUGAAGGGCUUUCAGAAGAGCAUUGUCCGAGCGCCGCAACAGUUCAAGGCCAAAUUCAACAUUGGCGAACACACGAAGGACGCAGUUUAUAGUGAUGCGGAGCGGCGUUUCCAGGAACUCGAGACGGAGACUAAAAAAUUGCACGAUGAAUCAAAGAAGUAUUUCGAUGCCAUUAAUGGUAUGCUAAACCACCAAAUCGAAUUCUCCAAGGCCAUGACAGAACUAUACAAGCCGAUCUCCGGCCGCGCAUCGGAUCCAAGCUCGUAUACGAUCGAAGGCAACCCCGAAGGCAUCCGGGCUUGUGAAGAAUACGAAGCGAUUGUACGCGAACUCCAGGAAUCUCUCGCGCCCGAGCUGGAAAUGAUUGACAGCCGCAUCAUCAGCCCUGCAGAUCAGCUGCUGGAGGUCAUUAAAGUGAUCCGCAAAGUCGCAGUAAAACGAGACCAUAAGAAGUUGGAUUAUGAUCGGCAUAGGGCCUCCCUCAAGAAACUUCAGGAUAAGAAAGACAAGUCUCUUAAGGAUGAAAAGGCUCUCUAUAAGGCUGAGAAUGAUGUGGAACAAGCCACUCAGGAAUAUAACUAUUAUAACGACUUGCUCAAGGACGAGCUGCCGAAGUUGUUUACUCUCGAGGCGGAAUUCAUUCGACCACUAUUCCAGUCGUUCUACUACAUGCAACUGAACGUUUUUUACACUCUUCAUGAAAGGAUGCAGGGGAUGAACAUUGGCUAUUUCGACCUCACGUUGGAUGUUGAGGAAGCGUACGAAAAUAAGCGCGGCGAUGUCAAGGAGCGUGCUGAGGAAUUGACUAUCGUUCACUUCAAGACCAAGGGUAUCCGUCAACAGAACUCGAAAUUUGGCAAGGAUAAGUUGGAAAAGGAGAACAAGUUUUCCCCUCGGCAGAAGGAUCCCGAUGUCGUUGAAAACCCUCCCCCUCCUUAUUCUGCUGCAGCAAGCGGGAGCAGCAGCUUUGUUGCGGCAGCCAAAUCGAAAGCGAAGCCAGCUCCUCCACCCCCGAAGCCGAAGCCAGCAAGGUUCGCCGCACCGGUGGAAACGGUCACAGCACUGUAUGAUUAUGAGGCGCAAGCACAUGGUGAUCUCAGUUUUUCCGCGGGAGAUGUAAUCGAAAUUGUGCAACGGACAGACAACCAGAACGAAUGGUGGACUGGCCGCGUCGAUGGACGGGAAGGACAAUUCCCUGCAAACUAUGUCCAAUUCAGUUGA